AUGAAGUUCGAUUCGGUAGAAUCUGGUGCCAAGUCCCGUUCAAACGGAGCGCCAGACUACCGAGGUAUACCAAGUUUAUUCAUAUUGUUAAAUUCGACGAGCUACGAAUUGUACAAAAAAAUUUGGCAAGAACUGUUGAUCCGUUUGCCAACGAUAAGACAUAAUUUAAAAAAAAUUGUCUGUGAUUGUCACAUUCCGUUGAUCACAGCUACAACAGAAGUUCUCCCCUUUGUUGAAUUAAAAGAAAAUUGGAUCCAUUGUAUCAAGCUUUUGGCUAUAAAAUGGAAAACUUUUGACUUGGAGGAUUCUAAUGAUGAAAUUCUUAAAUGUACUUUUUUAAUUCCUACGUUACCUGCUAAUCAGUUCAAAAAUGCAAUUCAAGAAAUUGAAGCAAUAAUUGAUGAUAAUCAAGAAAAAUAUAAUAUUUGUCUUGAAAAAUUACAGUCAUUUAUCAAGUUCAUUAAAUUAUGGUGGCAGCCUACAGCUGAAUCCAUAUCAUUCUCAAACAAUCAAAAUGAUUCUAUUGAUAUUUCUGAAUAUUUUGAUCGGCAUUUAGGGAGCAAAAUGGGAUCAUUGUCACCUAAUAUUUUUCUUUUUUCUGGACUGAAAGAAAGAACACAAAGUAUUUAUGACAUUGGGACCAAAAAGGCGAUUUCAAAACGCCUUGUGUUGCAAGAGUUUGGAUUGGUAACUGAAAGCAGCUCCAAUUAUUCUCUGGCAGGAGUAAGUCUCGCCGAAGGCGGAAUGAUUAAACAACGAAGGCUGCCAGAUCACCUGCAAAAUUUUACCGAGAGGAUAGGAUUAAGUUCAACGUACUACCUGAAACACGGUAUCUCUGAGACACUGGUCGCCGAUGAAUAAGCACCUGAAUUAAUACGAGAAUACCAAGUACAAUUUUUAGAACUCAACGCCGUCGCUGUUCAGCUGACACUACAGGGCUUUAGUAUUUUUUGGCAAAUAGAGUCUACGGAGUCUGUAGACAAUGUGUUUGAGCUCAAGAGCCGCUAUGGGAUUCCAAUGAUCAGCCAAUUCGCGGAACUAGUCAAUAGGGAGAUGUUCUGGGUUGUCACGGAAGUCUGCUUUGAACACAACCUUGUCAGGCGUAGUAAAAUAAUAAUAAAAUUAUUUAUUAAAAUAACUCGAGAGUGCAAAGAGUGUAAAAACUUCAAUUCAAUGUUUGCGAUAAUAUCUGGGCUUAGUCAUGGAGCUGUCUCACGUUUGAAAACUUCUUGGGCGAAACUGGCGAGUAAAUAUCAACGAUUGUUCAGUGAUUUACAAGAAUUGAUAGAUCCGAGCAGAAAUAUGAGCAAGUGUCGUCAGUUGAUAGCAUCUGAGCAAACACAGCCACCGAUAAUUCCAUUCUACCCGGUGGUGAAGAAAGACUUGACAUUUAUUCAUCUGGAAAAUGAUUCUCGGGUGGAGAACUUGGUAAAUUUUGAAAAACGGAAGAUUGCUAAAGAAGUGAAAAUGCUGACCAACAUAUGCUCUUCGCCGUAUGAUUUAUUGAUGAUGUUGGAGCGUGGUGGACAACAUCCGAGCUCGGCCAUGGUUGCUCUCAACCAGAUGACAACUGGAAAUCAGGGUGGACAGACCGCGACGGUUAAACGUAGAAAGAAGUCUGCUGCUGCUCCGAAUCCCAAGAAAAUGUUUUAGGAAGCUCAAAUGGUGUGACGGGUCAAGGCCUAUUUGACGAAUAUAAAGAUAAUUACUGAUGAAGAACGAUUACACGGGCUGUCAGUCGAUUAUGAACCUCAUACGGGCGCGUUUGAUGUUGCCGCGGCUGUUCCACUGUCAGGAGGUCGAGGCAGGCGGCAUCCUUCACCCACGCUUUCUACUACUAGUAGUGCCAGUAGUACUAGUGAAGGCAGAAAAAGUAUAUAAAGUACGAAAUUCGGAGCAGCAUCACCCCAAGCGGAGCGAAAAAUUCUCACACUGUCAGAUCCCCAUAAAACUCGACUGUAUCAACCAAAGCACUGUUCAGCGCUUCCAGUCUCAGGUCUGGCUUUACACUCAAGCGGACUAGAACCAACUGGAGCACCCAGAAGAGUGGGCUCAGGAAGACUAAUGCCAAUGCAUGAAAGGUCACACAGUGAUACACCAUUUGGAUAACCGCCACCGGUGGAUCUUAGCGCGUAGAGCAGCAGUGUCACUAGUCUUAGUAACCUCCAGCCUUUAAGAAAGACACUGACUAGUGGUUUGGUGACGAGCAGUGACAGUGGUCACAGCACACAGUUGGAUAGCCAGAGCGGGAGCAGCGUCGAAGUUGGUGAGAGCCCUCCACCGCCCCAGAGACGGCAUUCAUCCAUGCAAGAUGACGACGAAGCUCAAAUGUCAGCAGUAUAA